UGCAUGUGGACACAGGAGUUUGAUGGGCUCUAAAUAGCCUGAUGUGUGUCCCUCCUCCAAAACGACAUUGAAAAAUGAGCCGAUCAUCAAAAUCAAAGACGCAGGAGAACAAUCUAAGCAUCCUUUUGAGUGCAGAGGAGAAUGAGUCUGUGGUGGAGCUUCUGGGGCGGAGAUGUGUGACCCUGUCCACAGCAGUGAUUCAACUAUGGAUGGCCCUGCCACACAGUUCCUCUCAAUGGAGUCUGCAGCACACUGGUGUGGUGUGCUUUGUGAAGGACAACCCACUUCGCUCCUACUUUGUCCGUCUAUACGACUUUAAGGAGGGGAAACUAAUCUGGGAGCAGGAGCUGUAUAACCAGCUGACAUAUCACAAUCCUCAGAUCUUUUUCCACACUUUUGCUGCUGACGAAUGCCAGGUGGGUCUCAACUUUUCAAGUGAGCAGGAGGCUGAGACGUUCAGAGUCUCUGUGCAAGAGAAGCUCAGCCAGAGAGCCAACCGUCAAGAAAAAAGACCUGCAAGUCAUGAAAAAAGACAACUGCCACCAUUGCCACCACCAAACACUUCACCAGUCCAUCCUGGAGGCACACCCACUAUGGACAUCCAGAACCCUGGCAUCCUAGCAUCACGCUAUCGCUCCCCAGCAGCACACAAAGUAAAGAAGGACAAAAAGAGCAAGAAGAAGGGAGCCAAGCUGACCAAGGCUGAUAUAGGAGCCCCCAGUGGAUUUAAACAUGUAACCCAUGUUGGAUGGGAUCCAAACUCAGGAUUUGAUACUGCUAAUCUAGACCCAGAUCUGAAGACACUCUUCUCCUCUGCUGGGAUUAGUGAUGACCAACUGACAGAUGCAGAUACCUCCAGACUCAUCUAUGACUUUAUCGAACAGUCUGGGGGGUUACAGGCUGUCAAGGAUGAAAUGAGGAAACAAGAGAACACGCCAAGCCAGUCUCAAAGUCGACAUGGACGUCUCCCCCCUGUUCCUUCAGAGUCACCACGGCGCUCUGGGCUCCUGCCAGUCUCAGGAGGCCCCCCAAGUGGUCCCCCUUCCCGCUCUCUCCCACCCCCACCAACAGGGGGCAGAAGUGGACCACCCCCACCACCUCCUAUCUCUGCCUGUCCUCCUCCUCCCCCAAGCCACGGUCGCUCCGGAGGUGCCCCCCCUCCUCCCCCACCCUGUGCUCCCUCAGGGGGUGGACCACCACCUCCUCCUCCCCCUGCUCCAUUAUCAAAGCCAGCCACAGAUAUUGGAAGUAGAAACAUUGCUCCACCCCCCAAAACCCCAAGUGGAGGUGGAGGUGCAGGUGGUCGAGGGGAUUUGCUAGACCAAAUACGCUUGGGAACCAAGCUUAAAAAUGUCACAGAUAGUGCUGAACCAAACUCUGCCCCACAAGAAGAGUCAAGUGAGGGAAUAGUUGGAGCGCUGAUGAUGGUCAUGCAGAAGAGAAGCAAAGUCAUCCACUCGUCAGAUGAUGAAGAGGACGAUGGUGGUGAUGACGAUGAUGAUGAUGAGUGGGAUGACUGAUUUAAAUUUCCAACAUGAAUGUACUUGGACAGACAUUUCAGAAACCAAUGGAAUAAUUGCUGUAUAAGUAAGACCUCCCCCUGCUGGAAAGUCAGGUGGGAAGAUGUCUGUCUGGUACAAAAUAACUAGCCAUUUGUUAAUUUCCAGAAAACCAAGAAAUAUAUCUGCACAUGAUUAUUUAAAAAAAAAAAUUAUACUGGAUCAGAAGUGUCAUCAAAAUUACAUUUUCAUGGUCAAAGUUGUCCUAGUGACUGUCCAUUUUGCGACUGCCAUACUGUUUUUAUGCCUCACCAUGUUCUAUGUCUGGGGCAUCAAGACUACCAAAGUAAGGAUCAUCAUAAGAAUAAUAUCUUAGAAAUGACAAAAAAGGUAAUACAUAACAAAACAUUUAAAUAGGUAAAUAAUAAUAAAAUAAUAUUUAUUACAACAAUCCUGACAAUUUAAGCUAUCACAAACACAUCUAGUCUACACAUGAUCAGUAAAUAAACACCAAUGUAGUUCAAUAUAGUAUCUCAACAACAAACACAGAAUCCCAAAGAGUGAGACAAACAAAAGCUCAAUACACAGUAUUCCCUGCAAAAAUGGUUGUGAAUUGUGCUUAAAUCCAUGAUGCCAUUCGUCUGGAGUCCACCAUCUUUGUUUAAAUAUAAGCCACUCACUGGGUGGCUAGUGAUGUAUACUCUACAAUAUACAGAUAAAAAGGCGGCAUCUGAAAGACCAAAAUGGAGGUGGUCUAACCCUUCUCUUAAUUUUAAGCACUCAUCUCGGUCUUAGAUCAUUUCACAAACCAGGGAAAAUGGUACCAAGCCAUUGAUUGCUUUCUGGAGUUAUUUUGUAUAGAUAUAUACAGGUAUACAUGAUGUUCCACAGAAGCAGCCCAGAGGUAGAUUCGUCGAACCCUACAGCUAUGCAAGAAACUAUAUGUAUCUUUAAUACCAUAUAGCCAAAUCGGAAUA